AUGGCAGAUGGAGUCACGGCAGUGGGCCUACAACCGCAGAUGAAGUCCUUGUACCCAGUAGGAAUCGGAGACACCACAGCAGCAACACUACGCUAUACGUGGAGUUGCUGCUGUAGUACCUCCGAUUCCUACCGUGGGCACGAUGACUCCAUCUGCGGUUGUGGGUCCCACUGUCAUGACUUCAUCUACCAUGGUGGGUCCCGUUGUCGUGGUAUCGCCUGUAGCAUAAAUGGUGAUUCAGAAUCAACUAUCCCAUCAUAUAUUGCAAACAUGAACCAUGGGAUUUGUUGGACUCAAACUUUAGCUACCACGAGUUGUAGUUUAGCUCGAUGCCACAGCUUAAGGGGGAAGGAGUUCAAAAUUUUCUUGGCGAUGAGGGUUAAGGCUAACAGUGCAACUAACUAUUAUAGCAGAUCUAAAAACAAAUGA